AUGCCUGGUUUUAACGAAGAGGGAUUGCUGCUGGACCAAGCUUUUCUGCCGCAGUUUCCUGUGCAGGAUCAGCAGCAGCCGCCGCAGCCGCAGCCGCAGCAGCAGCCGCAGCCGCAGCAGCAGGAGCAGCAGCAGCAGCAGGAGCAGCAGCAGCAGCAGCAGCAGCAGCAGCAGCAGCAGCAGCAGCAGCAGCAGCAGCAGCAGCAGCAGCAGCAGCAGCAGCAGCAGCAGCAGCAGCAGCAGCAGCAGCAGCAGCAGCAGCAGCAGCAGCAGCAGCAGCAGCAGCAGCAGCAGCAGCAACAACAGCAGCAGCAGGAGCAGCAGCAGCAGCAGCAGGAGCAGCAGAAGCAGCAGCAGCAGGAGCAGCAGCAACAGCAGCAGCAGGAGCAGCAGCAGGAGCAGCAGCAGGAGCAGCAACAGGCUUUUCUGUCACAGAAUAUUGGUGGUGUGCUCAGGUUCCGAGCUUCAAAAAGUGGAGGAGGAGGAGGAGUGUUGGGGAGGGAGAGUGUGGAAGCAGCUUUGCAGCUUGGUGGUGUGCUCAGAUGCAAGAAGCAGGAGGAGCAGGAGCAGCAGUGGCAGCAGCAGCAGCAGCAGCAGCAGCAGCAGCAGCAGCAGCAGCAGCAGCAGCAGCAGCAGCAGCAGCAGCAGCAGCAGCAGCAGGAGCAACAGGAACAGCAGCAGCAGCAGCAUCAACAUCAGGAGGAGCGUUCAGGCGCGUCAAUAGCCCUUGUAACAACCACAGCCACCAGGAAACCCACCCAACCCUCCAACCUAGCCUCCCGCCUUGCUGCCCUUCUCAGCAAUUUACAGUCACAAUCCGAAUCCCCCCUCGAUCUAGUCACAAGCAAGCUCACCACUACCCCCAUUCAACCACCAUCCAUAGCAGGGGAAAUGGGGGGAACAGCAUUAAUCGCAGCAUCCGGGGGGUCAGGGGGAGCAGCAGCAGGAAGAGGAAGGGUUGGGGAGGCUGGGCGGUUUUCCCUUACCCCAGGGUUUGAGAGGUAUGGGAAGGCGUUUCCCUUUUCUGGGGAUUCUUCAUUUGUGGAGGCUGGGAGUGUCGUUGCUUCUGCUGCUGCUGCUGCCGCUGCUGCGGCGGCGGUGGCAGCUAGUGCUGGAAGCUUCCUGGAAGCAUCGGAGCCGGCGGCGCUGCCGGCCCCCCGGGAUUCGUCCAAUAGGAAGCAUUUUCUGGAAUCUGCUGACGUGUUGGAAGUGACAAGAGAGCAGGGGAGUGUUCUUGUAACGAUGGGAGGCUUAGGAGAACACAGAGUUACUGGAACUGAGGCAGUAGGGGUAGAGUUGGGGAGGCAAGGAAGAGGAGGAGGGGGGAGCAGAGCAGUAGGUGUGGAGUUUGGGAGACAAGGAAGAGGAGGAGGGGGGAGCAGAGCAGUCGGUGUGGAGUUUGGGAGACAAGGAAACGGCCAACCCUCUGCUGUUUCAUCCCAACCAGCUUCCUCGUAUGCUGCUUCGUCUUACGCUGCUCCGUCCCACAUUCCCCUGCCCCCUUCACCUUCAUCCGCCUUUGCUGCUUCGCCUGGCAUGGCACAGAGAGGCAGGGCAAAUGCUUCUCCUGCUGCUGCAUCCCAUGCGUCUCCCUCUUAUGCUGCCCCAUCCCAAGUUCCCCUGCCCCAUUCACCUUCAUCAGCCCUUGCUGCUGCUUCGCCUGGUGUGGAACAGAGUGGCACGGGGGACAUUUCUCGGGCAGGUGCUUCUUGGGCAGAUUUUUCUCGGGCAGAUUUUUCUCGGGCAGCUUUUUCUCGGUCAGACUUUUCUCGGGCGGAUUUUUCUCGGGAAGAUGCUUCCGAGCCAUGUCGGUUCGGGUUGCCUCGGCAAAUGCCCCUGUCUGGGAGCGAGGCAGCGGCAGCAAGGAGCGAGGUAGCAGCAGGAAGGUUCCGGUCUCCAGAGGAGUUCAUGAGGAGGCAACUCACUGCCAUGGCUGAAGCGGUGGAGAGGGGAGACAUGGCGCAGGUGCAUCAGGCAUAUCUGCAGCUGAAGCCGCUUGCAAGACCCAAGGGUGUGGCGAUGGAGAGAAUAAUUCACUAUAUGGUGGAUGGGUUGUUUAAGAGAGUGCAAGGGACGGGUUACCAGCACUUCAGCACACCCGUUCGGAAAACUCCCAAGGAGUUGGAUGAAGCGCGGGCAUGGUUCGCUACAAGCACCCCCUACCCCGCCUUUGGCAACAUGGCAAUAACGGGCAUGUUCCUCGAUGCUGUCUCCUCCGCCUCCCACGUCCACCUCAUCGACUUCGGGGAACUCCUCCCCUUCCACCUGCCCACAAUCAUGGAACUUUUAGCUGCCCGCCCGGGCGGCCCGCCGCACCUCCGCGUCACGGGGUUGGACACGACGACUUUUGUCUGCCCGGGGCGGAAGGAUUUUAAGAAUCUUCGGGCGGUGGCGGAAGUGGGGAGGAGGUUGAGGGGGUUGGCUAUGCGGCUGGGAGUGCCGUUCGAGUUUGAGUAUAUCGAUAUCAAUGAGAAUCAGCUGCACCUUCUGUACCAGGUGAAGAGGAGGUGGAGUGAGACACUCGUGGUGUGCGCACAUCUCGAGCUCAUGAACUUUCCAGACGAUUCUGUUGUGGACCACGGGCCCAGAGACUGCAUUCUCAGGUGGAUCCACGACUUAAAGCCCGCGCUCGUCACGAUUGUCGAGAUGGAUCUCGAUUCCAACGCCCGCCCCUUCCUCUCGCGCUUCCAACACGUUCUCGACCACCACUUCUCCGUCUUCUCCUCCCACGACGCUCUAAUCGGCGCCGCUGACAAACGCCUGCUUUCCAUUUUCGAGGACCUUUAUUUUGGCCGGGCGGACCCAGUGACAGCCAUCGCUCCCCGCAAGCCCAACUGGGACCUGCGGCGGGACGACCCAGUCACGGCUAUCGCUCCUCGCAAGCCCAACUGGGACCUGCGGCGGGACGACCCAGUGACAGCCAUCGCUCACGGCAAGCCCAACUGGGACCUGCUGCGGGACGUGGACCCAGUGACAGCCAUCGCUCCUCGCAAGCCCAUCUGGGGCUUGGGGUGGGACGACCCAGUCCUGCGGCGGGACGUGGCAAGGCGACAUACCAAGUAUUUUGGUGCACUCAUGCUGCUGCCCUCAUUCUCCCUCCUUCCAUUCUGCCACACCCUAAACCCACCAGGACCUGGACCCAGCGACAGCCAUCGCUCACCGCAAGCCCAACUGGGACCUGCAGCGGGACGUGGCAAGGCGACAUACCAAGACCCGGUAACUGCUAUCGCUCCUCGCAAGCCCAACCGGGACCUCCGGAGGGACGUGGCGAAGCGAUUAGCCAAGCUGGAGAGACGCACACAGCGAUCAAUGGUCGAACUCAUGAGGGAAGAAGAGGAGAGGAGGCAGUAG